AUGAGCAGUUCGCCAGAGAGAGGGGCUGGUCGUCAAAAGGGUCGAACAGAUGAUGCGAGCAAGCCGCGUCCUCGGCCGUGGGACGAGUUGGAAUCUUUAGAACACACGCGACGAGAAGAAAGAGAACAAGAGCAACAAGUGAGGGAUGUAGGGGGCACAUACUUCGCGACUCCUGAACUACAUCAUUACGGAGUCGUGAAGUCGAUUCCCUCUCCACCGCAGUUUACGACAACCAAGCCUGAUGGGGCUAUGUCGGUGACGACAGCGCCAUUGCACGUCGCCUCGGAAGCUUCGACCCUGUUCGACAGUGGAGACAUGAUCAUGGUGGCGGCAUUGCUCGCUCACCCGGAGUGCUCGCUGAAGGGCUUUGUACUGCACCGAGCGAAACUGGACACGCCGCCAGGCAGGGAGGCCCUCUUGAAGUGCUUGGAGCUCAACAAAUUGUCCCGGCUUGCCCUAGGGGGGUGCGUCUGGUUUGAUGACGCCAUGAGAACUGACAACUCCAGGCAGUACGAGUGGCGCACUGGCAGGUGGUGGGAGAAGGUCUGCGAUACGAUUAGGACGAGCGCGUUUCGACUGCGGGAGGUGGUUGUGGAGGGACUUGAAAGAGCGAACGCGAUCUCCGACGUCGGGGUGGAAGCGUUAGCGCAAGCCCUCGUCGGAGAUUAUCCACUAGAUUUGGACGAGGGGGAAGAAGGUGCGAGCGGAAGUCACGAAGAGCCAUUUCGAAGCCACCGACCUCCCUUGAUCAAGACCCUUGACCUCGGACAGAACCGAAUAACGGACCCAGGAGGAACAACGCUUGGAGCCGCCCUGCCCAGGAGUGUCUUUCUAGAGUCCAUCACUUUGUCGUACAACUUCAUGAUGGAGGAAGCAGCCCAGGCCUUGCUCAGCGCGGCAGCAUCAAGCCGGCCUACACUCAAGGAGAUUCACUGCGAGGGCAACCUCUUUGAUGAAGAGUGA